AUAAGAGGCUGAAAUUAACCAACGGAUCCCAUGUCACUCUUUUUCUAUUAAAAAAUAAAUAAAUAAAACACAACCUAUACGUACAUGCAGUAAAAGCCAAUAUAUAUUAAGGCAAACGCCUUAGCUAGCAAAGUGAAAAAGAGAGAAUUAAGCAUGGAGAACAGUGAUGGUGGUGAGAUCAAUCAGCCCAUGUUGCAACGCAAACAAUCUGCAACAGGGGAGCCGGUAAGCUCCGCCCUCGAAGACGUUCUAUCUGAUACCAGCUUGUCCUACUUCCGGCGCCUCCAACGGGCCACCGCCGUCGAACUGGUUACCCUCUUCCGCCUCGCAGCUCCGGCAAUCGCUGUUUACUUGGUCAACAAUCUCACCUCCAUGUCCACUCAGAUCUUCUGCGGCCAUCUCGGCAAUCUUGAACUCGCCGGCGCCUCUCUUGGCAACACCGGCAUCCAAGUCUUCGCCUAUGGUGUCAUGCUAGGAAUGGGAAGUGCAGUGGAGACUCUAUGUGGCCAAGCCUAUGGAGCAGGCAAGUAUGAUAUGUUAGGAAUAUAUCUACAGAGAUCAACGAUCGUCCUUAUGGUAGCUGGGGUCCCACUUAUGAUCAUCUACAUUUUCUGUAAGCCCCUCUUGCUACUACUCGGUGAAUCAACGGAGAUCGCGUCCGCAGCAGCAUUGUUCGUGUACGGUCUCAUCCCACAAAUAUUCGCAUACGCCGCUAAUUUUCCCAUCCAGAAAUUCUUGCAAGCACAGAGCAUUGUGGCCCCGAGUGCAAUCAUAUCAACGGUCACGCUUCUCGUAAACAUUUUAUUAACGUGGCUCGCGGUGUACGAGUUCGGGUUGGGAUUAUUGGGUGCUUCGCUGGUGCUGAGCCUGUCAUGGUGGAUCGUCGUCGUGGCACAAUUUGUGUACAUCCUGAUGAGUGAUCGGUGUAAGCACACGUGGACUGGGUUUUCGAUGUUGGCAUUUUCUGGGCUGUGGGAUUUCUUGAAAUUAUCCACUGCAUCCGGGGUUAUGCUGUGCCUGGAGUCUUGGUAUGUGCAGAUAUUGGUGUUGAUUGCUGGGUUGCUUCAGAAUGCUGAGGUGGCAUUGGACUCCCUCUCUGUUUGCGUGACAAUACUUGGAUGGGCGUUCAUGGUUUCAGUAGGAUUUAAUGCUGCCGCAAGUGUGAGAGUGAGCAAUGAGUUGGGUGCUGGACAUCCAAAAUCGGCUGCAUUUUCGGUUGUGGUGGUGACAAUGAGCUCUCUCAUCAUCUCUGUGAUAUUAGCCAUUGUUGCGUUCAUGUUGCGCCAUGUCAUGAGUUACGCCUUCACCGGUGGCGAAACCGUAGCCAAUGCAGUCGCCGAACUUGCCCCUUUGUUGGCCGUCUCCAUCAUACUCAAUGGUGUUCAACCUGUUUUGUCCGGGGUUGCUGUCGGGUGUGGAUGGCAAGCAUUUGUUGCUUACGUCAACGUUGGAUGUUACUAUGUGGUUGGAAUUCCAUUGGGUUCACUUCUUGGCUUUUAUUUCGACUUUGGUGCUAAGGGAAUUUGGUCAGGGCUUAUAGGGGGCACAGGAAUGCAGACUAUCAUCUUAAUCUGGGUCACUCUUCGGACCGACUGGGACAAAGAGGUAGAGAAGGCAAGGAAUCGAGUGGAUAAAUGGGAAGACAAGACGGAGGAAGAGGAAUCCCUUCUAAAGAACUGAAACACCCACUGCGUGGAUCUGAAACUUCGCUCGUACUAGAAAAUUCAUUAAGCAAUUAUAGAGUCAUUUCUGAUUCAUUCAGAGUUCAUGAAGCAAAUAAUAUGUACAAGAAGCAAUUUUCUAAUAAGUUUCUUAAUUUGAAAAUCCGAUUAUUCUUUAAAGAAUUC